AAAGUAAGAAAAAAAAAGAAAAAAAAAUGUAAGAUAAUGAUCAAAAUUUCUGGCGUAAUCUCAUGUUACUUGAAACAUGAGGCGUUCGUUGUUCAUUCAUCGCAAAUGGAAAUUCAUCGGAAAUUUAUAAUUUGGAGUAUGGUUAAGGGAUGGAAGGACCAAGUGAAAUAAUAACGAUUUUCAUAGGACAGGCUGGCACGCAAAUAGCAAAUGCUUGUUGGGAAUUAUUUUGUCUGGAACAUGGUGUAUCCCCAAACGGUUCUCUUCGUCAGGGCUAUUAUCCAAUGGACCCUUCUAUGCAUGCUUUUUUUUCAGAGACACAAGCAAGAAAAUUGACGCCACGCACGUUAAUCAUCGAUUUAGAGCCCACUGUGAUCGACGAGAUUAGGACUGGCGUUUAUAAAGCUCUUUUCAAUCCCGAGUCAUUGAUCACUGGGAAAGAAGACGCGUCGAACAAUUUCGCGAGGGGUUACUAUUCCAUCGGUAGUGAGGCGAUCGCCCUUGUGUUGGAUCGCGUUUGUAGAAUAUGGGAAACAUGCUCGAAGCCAGCUGGAUUUAUCGUAUUCAGGUCAAUUAGCGGUGGUACCGGAAGUGGUUUCGCCACGCUGUUGCUCGAACAUCUAUCACAGAAUUAUCCCAAGACGAUCACUCUAGACUUUGUCGUCUUUCCAUCACCUAACAUUGCCACCGUUAUCGUGGAACCCUAUAAUGCAGUCCAUACUACCCACGGUGCAUUGGACCACGUGAAUUGUUCCUUUCUCGUCGACAACGAAGCUUUAUACAACAUUUGCGCCAGGAACUUGGAUGUUGAUUGCCCAACUUACACCAACUUAAAUCGCCUGAUGGCUCAAGUUGUUUCGAGCAUCACAGCUUCGAUGAGGUUCGAGGGUGCCAUAAAUCUUAGUCUCGAAGAACUACAAACAAAUUUGGUGCCUUAUCAUAGAAUUCAUUUCACUUUGGCUACGUACGCUCCGCUGAUCUCUCCCAGAAAAGCCAUGCAUUCCGAAAUUACCACCCAACAGAUCACCUACAGUUGCUUCGAACCUUCCAAUCAGAUGGUAUCAUGUGACCCACGCGUAGGAGCUUACGCCAGUUGCUGUUUGCUGUAUCGUGGAGACGUGGCUCCAAAUGAUGUCAAUAGAACGAUCGCGUCGUUGAAGGGGGCGAAGUCGAUUCGUUUCGUCACUUGGAGUCCGACUGGGUUCAAGGUAGGAAUUAACUAUCAGCCAACUACAACAGUUCCCGGAGGUGACCUGGCGAAGACGAGGAGGACGGUAUUGAUGGCCAGCAACAAUACCGCUAUCAGAUAUAGAUGGUCGAUGCUUGUUCGCAAAUUCGACUUGAUGUUCCAGAAAAGAGCUUUCGUUCACCAUUACGUAGGUGAAGGCAUGGAGGAAGAUUCCUUCGGUGAAGCUCGCGACAACGUCAUCGCUCUGAUUGACGAUUAUAAGGAGGUCGAGAAGUGAUCUUUAAAUUGGCAAGCUCUGUAGCUUGAAACUUCCUUUCUCUAACAAUCACGAAGAACUUAAGAUGAGAAAACUAUAUGAAUAUACAGUGGCUUGCGAAAGUAUUCGAACUCUUGUAGACGUCUUUUGCGAAUACACUAUAUGUGUUGUAUCAAAUAUUUUAAAAAUUUAUCGGCUUUGUAAUGAUACACGACUGUCAUGGUUAUGUUGCUAAAGUUUGAAACAAGUCUGAAAAUACAUGUAAAAAUCACAAGACAUUUGGCGUAACUAUAAGUCUCGAUAUUUAAUUAAACGUUUGCAGUAAAUAUAUCGUGAGCUCUAUAUACUCAUACUUACACACAUUUUCCGGUUGUUUCGAAUAUAAUCGGGAUGGUCGUGUCUCGUUAUAGUACAAACUAAAUUUCCAAAUAUACAUAACAAUUUUCUAUGGUAAGUGUUCAAAUAACUUCAUCAGCCGCUGUAUAUAGAUUAAAUUCUAUCUUUCUCCGAUUUCAAAGUGAAAAAUGAUUUAGAAACAAAGAAUUUCCAUAUUUGCUCUUGUCUCGAAGAAGCCGUCGUUUGUUUUCAUACGCGAGGAAAAGAACAAAUUGCGUGAUUACACGAGAUAAGGGAGAAUCGCACGAAGAUAAGCAGACGAACAGUGUAGACUCGCUGGCACCACUGGCACGAUACAAGCGAUCGUGUAAUAUGAGCCUUUUAUAAGCCGAACUAAUUAACUCCUCUUUUUAUGAAUCUCUUAACUGAGGUACAAAGAUCCAGAGAACGCGGAUAAUACAGAAAAAUAUGUAAAGCAUCUCAAGUGAAACAAAUUACUAUGUAGAUUCUGUUCCCUUAGUUUUUUCCUUCGUAAGAAUAUGAAAUUGCGAAAGUGUACGAAAUAUCAAAUUACGAAAUUUUUAAUAAAAAUCCGCGGUCUAGUGAUGGUAAAUUCCAAGAUAAAUUUCAUAGUGAUUAUAACAUCUUAGCUUUUCUACGCUUUCCAAUUUGCGGAGUCAAUCGAUAUGGUUUCUGAACGGUUCAUAUUUGUUCCCAUUGUUAUACUUGGCGCGAGCAUACGCCCACAAGGAGUCACGUUCCUCUCGAUUCUAACUCGUAGAAACAACCACGAGCUGCCAAACCAGUAUAAUAACAUUAGGUCUCGUUCAUGUAACAACGUGUUUCUGAUAAGCGGUAUCGAGCGAUUGGUAAUUCCUGUCGGUAUCAACAUCAUCUGCUUUGUUCUGGAUAUAAUUGGUCACCUAUCUUUUAUUACCGAGAAGUCAUCGAAAUAAAUUCUAGGAAGAUAAAUCUCGCAUCGUCGAGUGUAUCCUGUAAUAAAUAAAAUGUAUUGCCCCGAAGCUUGACGAUAAAGUAAUUUUCCCAUCUUUCCUUAUCACAGCAAUAUUCUUUUGUUCAAAUAGACUAAGCUCAAUAAAUGGCUCAUUUAUUUUUAAUCCGUCGAUUAAUCUAUUUUCAUAGGUUUUCCGCGAAUAUAUAGUCAUUUAUAGACUCUGGACGUAUAUGCGCUUUUAUACUUUUAUAGAUACAUUCAAAGAAGGGGAACUUAAGCAGAUAUUUCACCUAUGAUUUAUAGAUUCUGGAUUCGAGAUUAUUGAUUAUAUUAGAUAACACAUUAAAACAAUCUAAUUUAUAGAUUGUAUUAGAAUAUAACAUAUAUUCUGUAUAAGAAAAAGUAUAUAAAUACUUAGUAGAUAUUAGAAUGAAUACUUUAUGGAUAUUGGAUAUAUUCUAUAUGCUCUUGUACGUUAUAUGCGAGUAGGAAAAUUGAAUGGCGUAGUAUAUAAUAGCAUUAAAAAGAUAACAAAAUAUCGCAAGAUUACAUAACAGGCAUAGAAAUUUGAAAGUGAGAUAAAAAUGUACUUAUUCUGUAAAAUGCGCAGUCUAGUGGAUCAUUCAGAAUUCCCAGAUCUUCGUUUCACGAUUCAAUUUGGAGAUACCCAAAAUUGAUUUCGGUCGAGUGACUCGUGCUCGCGAUAACACGAACACGAUAAUGCUCGAUAAGGUUGAUAUAUAAUUAAUUGAAUAGUACCAUGCCCCCCAGCGAAGAUAUGUACGUCCACUCCAGAAACCUUAUCAUUUACGCAUAUAUAAUAUAGUAUACUUGUUUAUAUGGCCUGUCUACGAUUAUAUAAUUUUCUUUCAAAGCAAUUACUCGCUUUCCUCGUUUUUCGAUUAUCGUUCAACAUUGAAUUUUUUACAUAUGCACUCGUAUAUACAUAUGUACUGCACACGAACGAUGCAAGCAUGCGAUGGAAGGGGUCUCGCUCGCUCAUUGACAAAUUCACCUCCAAUUGCGUUUUACAAAUCUUUCACUUACGUCUUUUAUUAUGUUUCCACUUUUUACAAACGUCACGAAAUACAAAGUAAAAAUGAGAACACGUGGUAAAUUAGACAAUGCGAAAGAUGCUAUGAAGAAUUGCAAAAAGCAUAUAAAAAAAGAAAAAAAUUUAAAAGACUACAUUCUGUAAAGAUGGCACUAGUACAACCCUCAUCGCAAUAUACCCGAUGUCAUAAACAAAAAUAUAUCAUCUAACAGUGCACUUUGUUUAUUAUAGGAUGUUAGUACUAUUAACACGCCAAACGCUAUGUCUUCCUUGCUAUAUCCAUAUGUACGCUACAUCUUUAGAGACCAACGCUAAACUUUCCGUUUAGGAGGCAACGGUUUCGAGAAACCAACAACAACAAAUUAAAAAAGAUAUCUUAUAAUCGUGUAAUAUUAAGAAAUAUGUUUACACUUUUUUAAUGGAUUUCGUCGAAACGUCUUAUAUAAAACUUAAUCAAAUAAAAAUCCUCCGCAAGUAUUCGAUUUUCUAUUAUUCCCUGCAUUUACGUAUCGUCUAAAUAGAAAGUAGAAUAGAACUAGCUUCGCGUUCAACGUAUUAAUAAAUAAUGAUAAUAAUCUUCGGAAUGUGUAAUUAAUUACCUCUUGUACAUACACUUUGAAACAUUUGUCGCUUGUCAGUCACCGAUGUGGCUCGAGAGGCGUAAGCAGAAAGCUCAGUGACAGUAAUCGGCGACUGUCAUUCACAUCGGUGAAUGUGCAAAUGGAAAUCGCAGGCAGCUAAGACAACACACGAGCCGCUCUUAUCGAAAUCGACGAUCGUCUAUCGCGAUCACGUCGUCCCCUCUCCGCUUCUCUCCGCGACGCCACGAAGGCUUCACGUGAAUUACACGACUUCUCUGUUCCUCGUAAAAGAUCGUAUGCACGCGUUUUUCGCGCUUUUGCGCGUUGAACGCAUCGUUUUAUCUGUUCCAUCGUUUCAAGUGGUUUUCGGGUUACGCAGCACGCGAUGAACUCCACGAUUUCUUUUCCGCUUGCCCUCCCUGGGAAAACUUUCCAUCGAUCGUUUGGAUCAUAACAUUUUCGAAAGUGCGUUACAUCUCGCAUCCAUAGUUUCUUGCCAAGUAUCUCAUUAACUGGAUAAUCGGGAAAGACGAGCUAAGUCGUCGAUUAUUCGGAUUUCUAAUUCCUUGAACGCACAAUACUUUCUUUAUUUACGCAUCUCAUAGUUUUUUACUCCUGCUAUUUCUUUUUAUUUUUCGCUUUCGAGAAUAAGUUACGUUUAUAUCUGGAAAAAUUCAAGUCAAUCUAUCUAAAAUUAGUCGUCCUUAACUUUUAAUUUCAUGAUUAUAGGAAUAUGUACAUUGAAUAUAUCGAUAUAAUUAUAUAUCAAAUCAUACUCAAAUUAUACUAUCGAAUUACGCUUCGCUAAACGUGAUAUGUAUUACGCGUUUAUUUUCUCAUACUUAUCGUAUAAACAUGCUGACACUUUUUUUUUUAUAUACGAGAGGGGAGGUUGUAGAUUACUAGGUUAAGAGGAGAUCGCAAUUAAAAAACGGUUAACAUUCCAUUAAAUCAUGAUCUAAGUGAUCGUUUGUAAACAUUUUAUUUGAGCGCGUGCAUCGAUUGUUUUAAGAUCGUAGGAGGUUGAUUCUUCAGAAGUAUCUCUGAAGUGCAUAUAACGUGUAUGUCAAUAUGAAGAGAAAAGAGGAAAGAGGAAUUUGAAUCGUCGACCACAUUAUUCCAGAGUAUUUCUCGUCUUUUCCUUGGGUUUAACUUUGUCAUAUUCUUCGAGUCAUUCUGAUAUUAAAAUCCAGUGAUAUUGUUCUUCGAAUUUCUCAAAUUCUACGUAACUUUUACGUUUCAGUUUCAAACAUCGGAAACAGUAAACUUAUUUUUGUUCGUUAAAACGAGAGUAUGAUUCAGAUAAGAAAAGUUCGAGGACUUCGGCAGAGUUAAUAUUUGAGCAGUUAUAUCGUAUAGUAUUAAUUUUGAUAAACUAAUAAAAGUGAAAAAUAUAUAUAAUAAAAUUGCAAAUAAAUUUUUUUUAUCGUGUAGAACGACGUUUGUUGGCAGAAUUUUCCAGCCUUUGUGAAAAUAAAUGAAGCACAAUUUCCAGGAAAAUCAUAUACAAUAGAUUAGGCCCCUGUUAUACGUUGUAUCAACAAUUAACCGAUAAAAGCGCACUCGUUACUCGAAUGAACAUUAUCGAGACGAGACUCGUUACAAAUUAUAACCUGGUGAUUUUAGUGAUAAGGAUAAAAAUAACUCUCCAAUCUAAUAGAUCAACGAUAUUGAAAGAAUCGAUAUAGAUCUUUGUACAUCCCGAACAUGUGAUCGGCAGAUGUAAUAGACGCAAACUUCCGCGUCAGUUUUGGUCAAUGAGUAACGAUUAGAGCUCGCUACGUAGAAUUGUUAGAUAAUAAGAGAGAUGUUUUGGAAUUAUAUGUGUAAUUCACAAGCUAUAGUUAGUUUGCUAUAGUUUGUAAACUGGAACGUAUUUUAAAAUUUGAAUUUAUACAUAUAGCGAUUUUAAAUAAAUAGUUUAAACUCAAUACACGUAAUCGUUGAAUUUUUGCAUGGGAAGAUUCUCUGAAAUGAUUUCUUUUGCAAAAAAAAGAAUUUUCAUUUGAAAAGUAAGAGGUAUUCUAGACUUCUUCCAAUUUACAUAGUGAUUAGAAUUCGCGUAUUUCCGACAAGAGGACGUAUUUCCAACCUAUCUAUGUUUAUGUAGCCGUGUAAUUUUAGAAACGCUCUUUCUCUGUUUGACAAGUAGUGUUCGCGCACGAGAAUGAUCUGUGAUUUUCCCAGACACAAUGACAGAUGAGCAGCACGCGUUUUCCUUUGUACUAUAUCCAGGAAGAACACGCUACUGUGUAUUCCGACGCGUACAAUGUACGACAUAUGAAUAAAUCGUACGUACAGUAACUCACGAAAGUAUCCGAACUCUUAUCAUAAAAACCUUUUUUGAAAUUUCGUUAGCGAUAUUUUAUAUCGCUUUUUUAUCAUUCUUUUAUAAUUGUAAGACAGAGAAGUUCCAAGACAUUUAUUUCAAAUAUACGCUUGGUGGAAAAUCAAAAAUGCAGCAUGAAUAGUACAGCAUACAGCCUUAAACAUACAAUAAGUACUAAAGAUGGUCUCGUUAAAUAUUGUGGCUUAUUAAUACAGCCAUUGAUUGACCGUACAAAUAUUUUGGCGAUUUUUGGGAAGCGUAUGCUUCCAAUAAAUAUCUUGCAACUUUCACAUACGUUUCCAGAUCAGUUUCAAAUUUUGCCAAUAUCGUCACGAUAGUCGUGUCUCGCUACAGUGCUAAUGUUGCAAAAAGUUUUGCUGCAUAAGUGCAACAUUGUGAUCGACUGAUCGUUUCCUUGAUAAUCUACGUCAAUUGUUAAUAUUUACGUUAAUAUCGCAUUUCAUAUAAGACUGGCAACUACAUACAUUUCUAAAUUUGUUCCAAACGUUACCAAUAUAGUCACGUUAGUCGGAUCUCGUUACGGCAUUAACGAAAUUUCAAGAUGUCUCGUAUGAUGCACAUAACAGAUUCAUGAAAGGUUUCUACAAGUGUCGAGUACUCUCGUGAGAAACUGUACAUCGACUGUCGUCAGAAACAAAGUACAUCGAGAUGAUGCGAAAUGUUAUCUCUGUCAGGAGACUAUUUUUUCAACGAUACGAGCCGCGUGUCGUCACAUAUAAAUUUCCAUGUGCGGCAAGCGAUCGAGGAAAAACUGUUUAAUGAUUUAGAAGAAGGUAUCGUUCGUAUAGAUGAUUUACGGACCUCGUAUGCUUCACUUCGCCGUUAUUUACUAACAUUUCUCUGUAUUCAUACAUAAUACGUAAUUACUGUGUUUCGUAUGAAAAAUAAGAUCGUUCGGAAGUAACGAUACAAGGUCACGUUAUCACGAUCCGAUUUACUAUAUCGAUGUAUGACCGCAUUAACGCGUUCCACGCGUUUAUAGUUUCUCUUAGUUAUGCUUUACUUGACCAAUCCACAUUUUGGUAAACCGACCGAGCAUUCCGCAAUUGCGCCACAGUGGCCGACUGUUUAUCGAAUUUUGCUUUUACACGCUAGAAGCUUCGAUAACGAUGCACCGAUAGGUAAGUGGAAACGACGCGGCGGCGUUUAUCUAAAUCUUGCGCUGCCAUGUUUAAAAGUAUCCCACCAGUGGCUGUCUUCUCAGGAUUCGGUGAUCACGGUGAAUGACGCUAACUUCCCCUUAUCGCGAGAUCCCGUGACGUCGUCUUUAUCGUAUAAAUUAUCCACCGGAGAAGACCAGUUCGCCAGUUCAGCUUUCCUCCUCGUACGGUCGUGUACUCAUAAGGUAGAGACACUUACGACAAGUUCAACUCGUUAUUUCCACCAGUUUUCGACCA